AUGGCGCCUGUCGCCUGGGAUCGGGUUCCCACCGCCGAAGCCUACGUGGCUUUCGAGUUAGCCUCCAGCCGAGCUUUGGCCAAUGGUGCCUCCGGAAGCAGCGAGGCGACAGCAGCGCUGGCCGCCGCCGAGGCGGCUGGCAUUGAUAAAGCAGAGGAGGCUGACUCUUCCGCGCGGGCAGCGCUGAAGCAUGCCAAAGACGCCAACGACGAACAGAGCCAGGCGGCAGCGCAGCUCCUGCUCGCGGGCCUUGCGGUGGGCAGCCACCUGGCCAUCGAGGCCGCGGAGCAUGCGACGGCUGCCAAGGGCCUCUACAAGAAGCUAGGCGCAUAUGCCGAUUUGCUGGGCUAG